CAGCUCAGCUUGCCACCUGCAGAUGUUGAUUAUAAAUAACCACAACACCUCGCAGCUCCCUCGACUUAGUCUGCAGACAGAGUCAGGUCUAAGUGCAGGAGGGACACAGGUAGGCUGGCGCCAACAUCUCUGAGCUAGAUUAUCUGUGAGAAGUCCAACGAGAGCAGGACAAAAAUGGGAGUUGAGAAAAUGGAAAUGGAAGACACAGACUCGACUCUCAUGGAGAAGGGCAAGAAGCCGCCUGUGUCCAAACCUCCCAACAAAUAUGAGACGAUGAUCCAGCCCUGCCUGGCCGAGAUAGUGGGGACAAUGUUCUUUGUUUUCAUAGGCUGUGUAUCUGUCAUCGAGAACGUGCCAGCAGCCGGACGGGUGCAGCCGGCUCUGGUGCAUGGCCUGGCUGUGGCAGUGAUGGUGGCGGUCAUGGACAAAAUCAGUGGCUCCCAUUUCAACCCUCCCUUCACUAUUGCCAUCUACCUGUGUGGAGGCAUGGAGCUGAUGAUGGUGGGCCCAUAUCUUGUCAGCCAGCUGAUUGGAGGAGUGCUCGGAGCUGGAAUGGCCAAGAUGAUGACUCCUGCAGACCGCUACAUGAAUGCUACAGGAGCAGCGUUUGAUAUCCUCAAGUCAGAGAGCCAGCUGUCCGGGGCCAUCUUUGGGGAGGUGGCCAUGACCUGCCUGGUCACCAUGGUGGUGCUGCUGGUGGCAGUCAACAGCAAGACAAAAACCCCACUGGCUCCUUUCCUGGUGGGCUGCACCGUCAUCAUCAACAUCCUGGCAGGGGGUGACGUGUCAGGGACGUGUCUGAACCCUGCCCGGGCUUUCGGCCCAGCUGUGAUGGCCAACUACUGGAUCUACCACUGGGUCUACUGGGUGGGACCCAUAGGAGGAGGUCUGGUGGCCGCUGCUUUGCUCAGGCUCAUUCUCGGUGAUGAUAAGUUACGAGUGGUUAUGAAAUCAUAACAGCUUCUAUUGUGUGUUUAUUGCCCAGGCGACAAUAAGCCUGUAAACAAUAUCUGUCUCACCAGAUGCCAGCUUUGAAUAAUGUCAUGUUGUCAGUUUAUACUUUUCUCUUUUUUUGUCCAUGUCAAACCGUGUGAUCACUGUGUGGAUGUUUCGCUAUGAAAUAAAGAAUAAAACAUG